ACAAUGUAGCCAGAGUCCAACUUUGUGCUUCACUUCUUCACUUCUUCUCCUCUCUCUGUUGCUCCUCCUGCUGCUCCUCCUGCUGCUCCUCCUGCUGCUGCAGUCUGGGGAGAAAAUGGAGGCUCAUUUCAUCACAUCUACCAGCUUCCUCUGAGCUCUGAGGAUCUUUAUAGGAACUUUAUAUAAAGGAUUUAAUACAUGGUUAUUCCUGCUGCUUCUAUCACAUCACAUGGCGAAGAUUGGCGGCAUCAUGGUUUGGCUCCGCGGUGCCCUCGUGACCGGCUGCAUCUCCUGGAACAAGCUGGAACCUGAGCCUUGAAAGCCACAGCAUGGACCGCCUGUAGUUCCACACACCUCACCUCCAUCCAGCCCGCCAGCAUCAGCAGGAAGCAGAAACACAACGAGAGACACAAACAAACAGGGGACACCGAGGAGGACUCCCAGAUCUGCCCUCCAGGAGACUAUUUAGUAUUUAGGUCAGCCGUAGCGGCGGGAGUGCCAGUUUGUGUGUGUUUCCCUCGUAGAGUAGGUGCCUGCCCUGGGCACUGAGGCCAUGAGGCCCAAGACUUUCCCAGCAGCCCCGUACGUGGGCAACACUCGCCAGAGGCUCCAGGAGAUCAAGGAGGGUCUGAAGCAGCCGGCCAAGCUGGUGAGCCAGGCGCUGCACGGGGGCGGCUCCCGGACCGACGGCGGCAGAGGGGCCGACUGCAAGAGCGGGAAAGACACAGCCAGCCGGCAGCAGCAGCUCCGACCCCCGCAGAAGUUCAACAACUACCAGAAUGCCUUGCGGGAAAUCCGCAAGUCCCUCAUGCCCUUCGCCAACGAGUCGGGCCCGUCCUCCGGGUCGGGACACCCAGCGGGCGCCGGAGAGGUCAACCGGCAGAUGCUGCAGGAGCUGGUCAACGCCGGCUGUGACCAGGAGAUGGCGGUGCGGGCGCUGAAGCAGACAGGAAGUAGGAACAUCGAAGCGGCCUUAGACUACAUCAGCAAAAUGGGUUACCUUGAGCCUCGCAACGAGCUCAUCGUGCGCGUCAUCAAGCAGACUUCACCAGGAAAAGCCGGCAUGCCAAACUCACUGGACCACCGCCCCUCGUUGGAGGCUCCAGGUGAGGCCGGUGCGAUGCCUCCGUACCACCAGAUGGGGGCUCCCAUGUACGAGGGGGGUUACGGCCCUGAGGGCGAGAUGCCCAGACCCUACAUGAGCGCUCCCCCCGUCAUGAACUACAUGAUGCCCCCGUCUGGUGCGGCGCAGGGCCCCGCCAUGGGGAACCCGAUGGGUCGACCUCCCAGUAUGGGCACCUAUCCACCGGUGAUGGCCCCCCAGAACAACCAGGCCGGCACCAUGUACCCGCCGGGCGCACAGCAGAAGGGCUACCCCGGCGGCAUGGAGCAGCACGGGCCCAUGAUGAGCUACAACGUCCCCGGUCAGCCGCUGCAGCUCCAGCCUCAGCCGCCGGGGGGCCCCGUCCCCGGCCCCCACUACGACUACAGGCCACACAUGAUGGAGCCUGCAGGCUACGGAGUCAAGAGGACCGCUUCCUUCCAGAACAAGAUGGCCCCGCCCCCGAUGGCACCCCCAGACAACUACGUCAACAUGCAGGGGAAAGGGCCCAUGGGCCAGAGCGGUCCAGGAGGCGGAGGGGGAGGGUACCCCGCUAACCUGUACCUGCCCCCUCAUUCCCACCCACGCCAGGCCAGCCCCACCUCCCACCAGGUCCACAUGAUGUCCCGCUCCCCGGGUGGCGUGGCAGCCAUGGGCCCGGACUUCUCCGACAUGCCCCAGGGCCUGAUGACGCCAUCCAGGGCCAGCCUCAACCUGGACCUGUAUGAGCACCACUGGGCGGGGCCUCCUGAAGGUGCCCCUCAAGCCCGGCAGCCGCAGCCCCAAGGCCCGUUCAGGGGCGAGGUGCGAGUCCCCAGCAGAACCAACUCCUUCAACAGUCGCUCUGCGGGGCCCAACGGCGUCCGGCCUGCGAUGGCGGCGCCCCCCACGGCCGGUAAACAGGACUCCUCCUUGGGCCCUCCGAACACCAUCACGGCUGUAACCUCCCCGCCCAUCCAACAGCCGGUCAAGAGCAUCCGUGUGAUGAGGCCAGAACCCAAGACGGCGGUGGGGCCGUGUCACCCCAGCUGGAUGGCGGCUCAGGCUCAGGCUCAGGAUGCCGGCGAGCCUCUGGCCUACAUGCCAGAGGAGACCUACUCUCUGGAGCCAGCUCAGGAGCCACGCUGCCCGCCGCCACCGUACCCCAAAAACCUGCUCAUGUCUGGGGCGGAGGAAGCAGCUCAGGACGCCGCCAGAAGCACGCACGGCGGCAGCAGCGGAGGGAGCGGGAAGAACGAGGAGAGCCAGCAGGUGAAAGAGAAGACGAAGAUGGGCAAGGGAGAGAAAACGGUGAAGGACAAGAAGCAGAUCCAGACGUCGCCGGUUCCGGUGAGGAAGAACGGACGAGAUGAGGAGAAGAGGGAGUCGCGCAUCAAGACGUACUCGCCCUUCGCCUUCAAGUUCUACAUGGAGCAGCACAUAGAGAACGUGAUGAAGACCCACCAGCAGAAACUGAACCGCAGGCUGCAGCUGGAGCAAGAGAUGUCCAAGGCCGGCCUGUCGGAUCCAGAGCAGGAGCAGAUGAGGAAGAUGCUGAACCAGAAGGAGUCCAACUACAACCGGCUACGCCGCGCCAAAAUGGACAAGUCCAUGUUUGUCAAGAUCAAGACGUUGGGUAUAGGCGCCUUCGGUGAAGUGUGUCUCACGCGUAAAGUGGACACGGGUGCACUUUACGCCAUGAAAACACUGCGCAAGAAAGACGUCCUCAACCGCAACCAGGUGGCCCACGUGAAAGCGGAGCGUGACAUCUUGGCGGAGGCGGACAACGAGUGGGUGGUGCGUCUCUACUACUCCUUCCAGGACCGCGACAGCCUCUACUUCGUCAUGGACUACAUCCCCGGUGGAGACAUGAUGAGCCUGCUCAUCCGAAUGGGCGUCUUCCCAGAGCCCCUGGCGCGCUUCUACGUGGCGGAGCUGACACUGGCCAUCGAGAGCGUCCACAAGAUGGGCUUCAUCCACCGCGACAUCAAGCCCGACAACAUCCUCAUCGACCUGGACGGACACAUCAAGCUGACGGACUUCGGCCUAUGCACGGGCUUCCGCUGGACGCACAACUCCAAGUACUACCAGAAAGGGAGCCACGUGAGACAGGACAGCAUGGAGCCCAGUGACUUCUGGGACGACGUGUCCAACUGUCGCUGCGGCGACCGGUUGAUGACGCUGGAGCAGCGCGCCAACCGGCAGCACCAGCGCUGCCUGGCUCACUCCCUGGUGGGAACGCCCAACUACAUCGCUCCGGAGGUGCUGCUGCGCAAAGGUUACACCCAGCUGUGUGACUGGUGGAGCGUGGGAGUGAUCCUGUUUGAGAUGCUGGUGGGACAGCCGCCCUUCCUGGCCUCCACGCCCACCGAGACUCAGAUUAAGGUCAUUAACUGGGAGAGCACACUGCAGGUUCCCGCCCAGGUCAAACUGAGCCCCGAGGCCGUUGACAUCAUCGGCCGUCUCUGCUGCUCCGCCGAGGACCGCGUGGGGGCCAACGGCGCCGGCGAGAUCAAGGCCCACCCCUUCUUCACCCAGAUGGACUUCUCCAGCAACCUGCGGCAGCAGCCGGCACCCUAUCGGCCCAAGAUCGCCCACCCGAUGGACACGUCCAACUUCGACCCCGUGGAGGAGGAGGGCGGCCCCGGGGCGUGGAGCGACAGUGGUGACAGCACCCGGGCCUUGGACACGCUCUGCUCGCCGCACGGGAAGCACCCGGAGCACGCCUUCUACGAGUUCACCUUCCGCAGGUUCUUCGACGACAACGGCUGCCCCUUCCGCUACCCGAAACCGCUCGAGGCCAGCGGGGCGUCGUCGAGCGUGGGCCCGGAGGAGGAGGAGGAGGAGCAGGAAGAGGAGGACGAGGACGAUGAGGACGACGAAGAGGAGGAGGGAGAGCAGGGGGAGGGAUGUGAGCCGGUGUACGUGUAGAGCGGCGUGCGUUUGUUACUGCCAAUUUAACGCUGUGUAUGCGUGCUACACAGGUGUGUGCAUAUCUGGCGUGUGUGAUUGUUGAGUUGCAGGACUGAUGAUGAACAUCGCCACCUUGUGGAAUAUAUAGUGCGUCCACUUCAAAUACAAAACUCCCCUGAUCCGGGACCAAGAGACGACAUUGUGUGUGUGACUGCGGUUAGAAGAGCAGAAACCGAACAGGUCGACAGGAGAAUAUUCUUUGGGAACGUGAGGAGAUUUUCUAAUUGGACGCUUCUUCUGGUUCGUCCAGCGGUUUCUUGUCCCAUUCCUUCCACCCUCGUGUCUUACGGGCGACACAGGAGCUACUUCCUGUUCUACCUGAGCUGCUUUACACUCGACUAUCGGACCGAGUGGAACCAGUUUACUCGUCAGGAGGAUGAUGGAGGAGGAGGGGGGGGACUGAAUAAGCAACACGCCUCUUUCACAGCUGCUGCAAAAUAAGCUACAAAGACACAUUGCAUGCACAUGCACACAUAUUCAGUCAUAAAGGGUGAAAAAAAGCAGGUAGAUUUCAGUGUCCAUAUUUCAAAAAGUUGGCUCAGACUAGACGAACAGAUUCAGAGAAUAGUUUCAUCUCGUGGUGUGAGAGAAAAAAAGCAUCAAAUGAACCAAAUUGAAAAUGUUUUGGUUGCUCCAUCUAUUGUAUAAUAUAUAUAUCCACAGCUGCCUCAUUUUGUGCCAACUUUAAUUCAGUGUAUUGUUUUGUCCUUUUUAAGAUGGAGCCUUUUCUUCCCUCAGAGGUCGCUGUUACAAAUAUCCUUGUGUUUAUAAGAUGAUCCUUAUAUAUUCUAACCGACCAUUUCAAAGCUCACCUCCCUUCCCCCCCAAAAUGAUCCCCCACAAAGAGCACGAGCAGAGUUCAGAUGAGGCUCUAAAAAUGACUGAACCACUGCAGCGUUUGUUGAGCCUGACAUGCAGUGAACUUCUGCUCAUGAAUCACAGGAAUAAUUGAAUCAAGAAAGCAAGAAAAAUGUUCUUGUUUACUGGAGGGGGAGCAGAGAACAUGUAGUUCCCCAUGCUUUGUUUUUAAAGGCAUAGUUCGGAUUGUUUGAAGUGGGGUUGUAUGAGGUUCUCCUCCAUAGUCAGUGUAUUAACUACAGCAGACAGGAGUACAAGCACGGGAGCAAAGCAAUGUAAUGUUAAGUAAAGUAAGACACCUAAAGAAAUCUAUAUCAGUUUAAGUGUACGCUAUAUUUAGAAUAUUUGCACUGCUUUACCUCGACGUCGGGUAGCCCUUUCUGACAGGGAACUGAAGCCAUUUUAUCCACCUAUGAUCUCUUCAAAGCCACCAGACUCCAUUGAAAAAAACAGUAAUUUUACAUCGCAGAACACAGGAGUUGCUGGUCUACAGC